AGCAACCUAGAGGUAAUUACCUUGAAUUACUUAAGGUACCUUAGGUACCAAUCUGGGUGCGUGCUUGCUGAAGUUGAAACAGUUCAGUCUGCGACAGGUCAACACUGGGUACCUAGGUUGAAUGCCCGACUCAAGAUGCGCGGAAAUGCACCUGCGAAUGCUACCUGGAACUACGCACGAGACAAACUAGGUAACUAUAUUUAACAACAGCAUAUUGUCACCGAAACAGUAUCAAUUUCGAUUAAAUCGGGCAUGGCAAGCCCAAUAUUUCCCAGGCAAAUCGGCCAGCAUAUACUCUUGUUCCCACUAUAUAAGAUGGGGACAUGCGCCGUCUCAGGGAAAGCAACCUUUAGUUUCCAUCAUCGUCCUUCUCGAGAGCACGACUGUCUGCCACACUUACAUUAAAAUGUUUAAUUCUAUACCCCAUUUCCUGCUAAUGACCUCUGGGGUCGGAAUUGCGUUGAUGCCACAAGUGAUGGCAGUCAGGACCAUGAUACCAUGCACCAGCUUCGACAACCAGUCCAACUUCGACGCAGACUGGAAUUACAACUACCCCUGGGGAACCGACCACAACGGCGCCGCGCGUAUGGAUGGUGCCAACGCGGUCCGGUUGGCGAGCAGAGGUGACCGUACACUUGUCAUUACUGCACGCCGUGCCGAAGGCCUGCCGCCUGCCACUCACGGAGGCCAGCAGAUUCCUAUCAGGUAUCUGUCUGGGGCCAUCCACGCCAAAGAACAGUUUACUGUCCGGCCAAACGGCGGCUACGAUUUCACAGGAGAGUUCAAAGCCACAACAACCAAGGGUACCUGGCCAGCCUUCUGGCUCACAGGAGUGGACAGUUGGCCACCGGAGAUUGACAUGGCAGAAUGGAAAGGUAGCGGGAAAAUCAGCUUCAACACGUUCAACACGUCGAGCGAAGUCGUGUCGCGAGACGUGGAUUACCCUGCGCCUGACCAGUUCCAUAGCAUCAAGUGCGAAGUGAGAGACGAAGGGCAGGAUGUCCGCGCCAAUUUCUAUAUGGAUGGCAACCUGCUUACCACUCAGAUCGGAAAAGGAUACGUCGGGAAACCACUCUUCUUGAUUAUCAACUUGCAGAUGGAGGGAUCUUCGGGCACCCCGGGCCCCGAGUCAGAUACCGAAUACGCCAUACGAAACCUCGAGGUUCUUUCCUAUAACCCGUGAAAGAAAACUUGGUCUCUUAACUUUUAUAAAGCUGCUGCCUGUUAUCACUCUUGAAUAUACUUUGGACAAACUCUUUGAAGCCUACACGCUGUACACCUCUAUUCAACAUAUGUUAUGUUCAGGACUACUUAUUGGUCGACAAUACGCUGGGCUAGGGAAAGACAAGGUAAUGCAUGGUAUGAUCAAUAGAGAUUCACUGUAUCAUUGAGCUUCAGGCUAGUCCGAGUGAAACCAAAGUACA